UGAGCGGCUUGCUCGCCGGUCUUCCGACCUUGGCGGGCCCCCAACGCCUUGCCAAUUCCCUCAGGCAGAAGUUCGCCAGCAACUCCGGUUACCCCCGGCCCGGCCUGAUGCGCGCCGCCCCAAUCGCGACGAUCUCCUCCUCGUCACGCUCGCUUCCCGAGGUCGCACGACUGGUGACCGCGGUUAGUUCCUCCCAUUAAGACAGACACACAGACAGAAAAGAUCCGGAAGAGAAAGAGAAAGAGGCGCCGGUCGUUCCUCCGCGUGCGGCCAUCUAGAAAGCAACCGCCAUGACGACAAUACCGAUACUGAACAUGGAGUUCGGCGAGCUCAAGGAGAUCGUCUGGUCGAAGCUGCAGGAGCCGAAAUCUCAGCGCAAGCUGAUCCUUAUUAUCGUCUGCAUCGCGCUGUUGCUGGACAAUAUGCUGUACAUGGUGAUCGUGCCGAUUAUACCAGACUACUUGAAGUACAUCGGCACGUUCGGGCCGGUCGAGGAUUUGGGGAACGCCACAGCUGCGCCUGGCCAUCACGGCCAGGACUCCGCCACGGGAAUAUUGUUCGCGUCGAAGGCGAUCGUGCAGCUAAUGGUGAAUCCGUUCUCGGGCGCGCUCAUCGAUCGGAUCGGCUACGACAUCCCAAUGAUGAUCGGUCUCACCGUCAUGUUCCUGUCGACCAGCGUGUUCGCGUGCGGCACGAGCUACGGCGUGCUGUUCUUCGCGCGAAGUCUCCAGGGCGUCGGCUCCGCGUUCGCCGACACCGCCGGCCUCGCCAUGAUCGCCGAUCGUUUCACGGAAGAGGCGGAACGCUCGAAGGCGCUUGGCAUCGCGCUGGCGUUCAUCAGCUUCGGCUGUCUAGUCGCGCCGCCUUUCGGUGGCGCUCUUUAUCAGUUUGCCGGCAAGGAGGUGCCGUUCUUGAUACUGGCGUUCGUCAGUUUAGCGGACGGCUUUAUGCUGCUGUUAGUGAUGAAGCCGAUAAAGGAGCAGCUCAGCCGUCACUACGAGCCCAAGUCGACGAUACCGAUCUGGCGGCUGCUGAUGGACCCGUACAUCGCCGUGUGCGCGGGCGCCCUGAUGAUGGCGAACGUCGCGCUGGCCUUCCUCGAGCCGACGAUCUCGCUGUGGAUGGAGGACACGAUGACGCACGACAACUGGAAGAUCGGUAUGAUCUGGCUGCCGGCGUUUUUCCCGCACGUACUUGGCGUCGUGAUCACCGUGAAAAUGGCGAAACAGUAUCCGCAGUAUCAGUGGCUGAUGGCGGCUGGCGGCCUGGCGCUCGAGGGUCUCUGCUGCUUCAUCAUACCGUUCUCCAACUCGUACAAGGUGCUGAUGAUCCCGUUGUGCGGCAUCUGCUUCGGCAUCGCGCUCAUCGACACUGCGCUGCUACCUACGCUCGGCUACUUGGUGGACGUUAGAUACGUGUCGGUUUACGGCAGCAUUUACGCGAUCGCCGACAUCUCGUACAGCUUGGCAUACGCGAUCGGUCCGAUUAUCGCCGGCGGCGUGGUCGAGGCGAUCGGCUUCACGGCACUGAAUAUCGGCAUCGCCUUCUCGAAUCUGCUCUACGCGCCGGUGCUCUACUACCUGCGACAUAUCUAUGACUUCAAGCCGUUCCAAGACGAAGCGAAUAUAUUGAUGCAAGACCCGCCGGACAAAGAGUAUCAGACGUACGUGCUGCAAGAGCAGCGGCCAAUCACCGGAGAGGUCGGCAACCAUUUGAAUCAAACGCGAAUGGAGACGAACAUCGACCAGGGCUACGAUCAGAACUAUCAGACGACACAGGGCGGCGGCUACGAUCAGCAUGCCGGCUACGGCGCGCAGAACGCGACGGGUUACAAUCAACCAGCCCACGAGCAAGCGCCGGUCUACAAUCAACCGGCUGGUUACGGCCAACCGGCCGAUUACGGCCAGCAGAGGAACUACGCGGCCGAACAGCAGCGGGGACAGCAGGCCGACGUGAAUCCCUUCAGGAGGCCUGAGGCGGAUCAACGACCGGCCGGAGACAGCAAUCCCUUCAGGCAAGGAAUGUUCUAGAGCGACCGUGGGAUUUCGCUGAAAUGUCCAACAGUCGCGACCGAUCGGUGAGGCGAGAGACGCCACGACCGUUCGCUCGAGUGUGUGUUCGAGAGUCUUCGAGACCAGGCUUCCACUUAUCGGCAGAAGAGAAUCGACACGUCGUCGUAGGGCGCCCGGCGGCUCGGCGAGACUCCGCAAGCGACUCUCGACCGAGCCGCCGGCGUCCGCCAGAUCUCGAUCGUACUCGAAGUAUCAUCGGCGUUUUAUCGGGGAUGAACAGAAGCAACGACUUCCAGAGUGAUUCUCACGAGCUGCCGCGAAGAGUCCUGACAGUCCUGGGAUCUGUCCGAGAUUUCACGUGCGGUAUCGAAUCUACAAGUACGAAAGAAAGAGUAAAGGGAGAUGAGAAAAAUGUUGCUGAAGAAAGAUAUGUGAUGUUGAAAGCGUAAGACUGUAGUGGAAAGACAAAAGAGAAUGGAGGAUAGUGCCGUCUUCGUGGGGAAUAAGAACUUCAAAGGAAAACAAGUAGUUCGCAACAUCGAAAUAAAAUUAGAGUGAGAGAAAAUAAAAAAAACAAAGAUAUAUCGAUGCUAUGAAAAGAGAGAAAGGACGAAAUUCUUUAUCUGGGAUACAAAUCAUCACAAAGGAUCGAGAGAAA